AAAAGCACAAGAGCGCUACCUGGAUAUAACUACGCGUAAAUCACGUUCAAGAAUUUGAGCAAGAAAGGCAUCUUAGUUACCGUGUUGGAACUGAAAGUCGUCCCAAAUUAAUUGUUGAAGAUGACUACUCCUUCACAAAUUCAAGCGUUGCUACGCUUCCUUUCCCAAGAUUCAAAGCUACCCCUGGCCCUGGCCAUUACAAAGGCGAAAUCACUCCAAAAGGCUAAUCUACUCACCCCGGAUGAUAUCCUGAAGAAAGAUCUUGCAUCGCUUCACUCCGUUUUGGGAGAGGAACAAGUGGCAAAGCAGGUCUUGAAUGCUGCCAGGAGAGCUAAGAAGCGUGUCCACGAGGCCGACAGCACUGGCUCACCUGUGAAAAAAUCUAAAAAGACCAGCUUAACCUCGGAAACGUCAUCUCCCUCUCUGCUCGAGUCGGCGCUGACCCUCCCAUUAUCGUCCAACAUAGAAGAGAUAUCUUCAGUUGUCCUUAUUACAAAUCGGGCACCUCUUGUCCUGGCAUUUGCAGUUGUGUUGUUGAAAUAUACCAUGCCAGAACAGCCUUUAUCUAGCAGGCUGAGCCUGGCCCAAGCAGUCGUCAGCGCCAACAGCCGAUCAAAAGCUAUUAGCCUUGGAAUCGAGACAGGAAAAAGCGCAGAAGACGAAGGAUGGGCAGGUAGACAGCCUACCGUGAAAGUCCUCGGAAGAGAAAUCCCCGUGUUAAAACGAUGGGGUUACAACUGGCAAGAAGAAUCCCCGUCGGAACAGACCACCGAGAUCGCUUCUAUUGUGGAGAAAUCUGAGAAGGAGAACAGUGAAAACCACCGCCUAGGAGGUUCUGACGAACAGCCCGCUCUAUGGGGUUUAUAUCCAGAAGCUUUGAAAAGAUCAAACGCGAACACGCCGGGCCCGUGCCAGAUCAGCUCAGUACUCCCAAUUCACAACCCAGAGCCAGCCCGUGAGUAUUUAUUGAGAUCAUUUACGUUACAGAAGUCAGCCGAUCCGAGCAGUGGGAAAGCGAAGAAGAAACCCUCUUCAGAUUCGAUAUCUGAAAAGGAGAAAAGCCUUGCUCUUUUACUUGGUGCAAUUGAUCUCCUCUGCCAAUCAUGGGCGUCUGUGCUUAGCAAAAGCGAAAUGGAUCGACGAGCUUGGUCCUGGUAUGUUGACGUUCGCCCAGAUGUUCAGCACGGUGUCGGGGGUUGGGGCCAGAAGGGAGUGGUUCAGCUCUCGAGAAUUCUCGAUCUGAGGCGAAAGGGAUGAUUUUACGGUCGAAAGUCAUAGCAAUAAACAGCUAAACAGGAAUGACGCGCAAGCAUGCUCACAGCGCGUACCCCUACCCUAAGUGAACCCAUCUUGCUGCAAUCACUUUAUCGAUUUUCGAAUUUUCGAAUCGUCUGCAUUUUUUUUGUCUGCCUACACCUACGGCAGACGAUGACUGUCAGUAGUAGCUUUACAGCUUUCUCCUUCGUUGCGAAAUCAGACGCUUCUUGGCGAUCUCGGAUCAGCGAGCAUAGCUAGGGCUAACCUUUACCCGGUUUCACACCCCCCUCGAACCGCCAGUACGAGCAGCAGUUCGUGUCCAGAAUAACAACCGAUUCACCUGCGCAGCAACACCGCUUGCUUUAUCUACAGCCGUGACAAAAACGAGAAAUACACGACCAACCUUGGUUGGAAACGCCCCUGCAUUUACUUCCUUGUAAACCAUCCAAGUGACUCCCCCUAUCUAGCAAACCAUAAAUUGAAAUAUUGUGGCGGACUGUAGCACCAGCAGUGAGCAAGAUUAUAUUGGCAGUGGCAGCAGCAGCUUGACAGCAGCUAGAUAUAUUCAUAUUUUGAUGUUUUCAAUGAAGGGUGUAACUACUACGGAGUACACUGUACAGAGCUCGGAUAAUAAUCAUCAUCAUUCCCAACAGCCCUCCGCAGCCAAGAUUUGCAAUGGAUAAAUAUACCCACACCAUUUCUAUAAUACACCAAGAUUUGAUUUUACAAGCCCUUCAGAUAGUGCAAUUUAAUAAUUACAUGGUGGUUAUUAAAAUCCACCUUGUACUUGGCAACUAAGCAAUACGCAGUAAUAGGAUUUUUGUUGCGCCAAGGAUUUGUUGCGCGCAGUGGUUGCAAAAUCCGUCUAUUAUUAUUUGAUCGAGCUUUCUGAAUUUUUAGCCUAUGCACUUCACAAGGCUGGUAAAGACUAAGAGCAACAAAGGCUCUCUGAACAUCUGGCUGAGCCAGGAAAAAGAAGCGAUCAUCAUGACAGACAGAUCUCUGUUCUUUUUGCGGAGUAGAUCAACGGCAAUACAUACAGCGUAGAUUUCUCUGAAGUUAUCGGUGCAUAGGCUGCUUGCUUUGCAGCUUGCUUUGCCUUGCUUAUGCUUAUGCUUCUGGCGGCUGUUGUGUCGCUGAUAUUGAUUGUUUCGGUUGUCGGGUUUUCGAAAUGUUUGUUUUUCUUUUUCUUUUUUUCUUUUUUUUUGUGGAACAUCAUUUUAGAACACGGGCAAGAAAAGCAGAUUGACGUAGAGUGAAUCUGAACGGAUUUCUUCUCCUGUCUCCUCCGUGCUGAACCAACCUAUAUUUUUGAGAAUGCAUGCGAUCAGUCAUCCCCGAGACUUUGCCGAGGAACAAAAAUGGAUUUGACUAAAAGUCGGAUGGUAGGUAGAGGAAAACUACCGACGUCGUCGGUUGGAUAAAAAGAGGAGAAAGCUGUAAAGGUUCUCCUGGUGCCGACCGGCGACAGAUGGACAGCACAAAACCUUAUUUCUGACAUGUCUCUGCCAUGAUGUUUAGGUCUGGUUGAGAAAUAACACGGAGUCUAUUAUUUGCCCAGCGGCCUUCCUAGGAGAAAGCUGAUUAUUGUUCUUGACAUGGUUCAGCCCAAGCCUGCGUGAUGUCUUCCUUUGUUUCUUGGUUCCCUUAGCCUGUUUGAAGGAAGGAUAGUUCUCGGGAGAUAGAAAUGGGAUUGGAUGACAGUGGUGUGUAUCGUAUCCUGGGCGAUUUUAACCUGGAGGGUGUGUGAGGGAAGAGUGGGGAUGGGUCAGAGAUGCAGGCCCACCAAUCUGGGCUAGUCGUCCUUGGUCGAAUAUGGACAAGUUAACCUGGGGACGAUUUGAUUUUUCUGCAAGCCAGUAGUAUUUUGAGAGCAAGAAAGGUGGCUGACAUCCGGUGAUUCGAUAUUAGGGAAGUGCGGAAGCUAAAAUGAAACUGGCAAUGGAUCCAUCCUGAGACGCUGUUUGGGCACAUGGUACCAGAGAUAGCCGAGGUUACGGUCUGUGGUUGUAUGGUGCAGUUAGCACCAAGGUCCCCCAUCUGUGGCGGGUUAUUUAUUCGGCUGAGGAAGCAGUCAGAAAUGCACGGCCAAAAACACCAAUCCAAUGAAAGGAGGGAUUUUUUUUAUUUUUUAUUUUUUAUUUUUUAUU